CACUAAUGAUGAUGUUAUGGUUUCUAUUCUUUACCACAUGCCUUGCUCUCCUAGAACAAGAAAUCGUGGUUUUCGAACCCCAGCAGGGAGUACUUGCUAUCCACGAUGCUACCAUCCUGUAUGAUGCACAAGACCCAGUUUCCAUCGACAUUGCCACAAAGAGUCUGGCUGAGGAUUUACACGCAAUCACGGGGCACAUGCCUCCUCGGACUGCAGUAAAUGAGACAAACCCACCCAGCUUGAACUCGUCGCAAACGGCAAUCAUCGCAGCUACGGUGGACUCCACCAUCAUACGCACUCUGGAGAAGAAGGGGCUCCUCGACGUAUCUGACAUUAGGGGGAAAUGGGAAACAUUUCGCACAGCGGUUGUCAGAGACUAUCAGCCUGGAAGGGACGCGUUCGUCAUCGCAGGAAGCGACAAAAGGGCUGUUGUGUAUGGCAUAUACACGCUUGCUGAGCAGUGCGGACAGUCGCCGUACCACUGGUGGGCCGACGUCUCAGCAACACGACGUGAUGCCAUCUAUGCGCUUCCUAUCACAACCACACACGGGGAACCAAGCGUCAAAUACCGCGGGCUUUUCAUUAAUGAUGAAGCCCCUGCACUAACAGGCUGGUGGUCCAAAAAGCACGGGGUGGAUCACUAUCCGCUCGACUCCGAGUUCUACCGGCACGUCUUUGACCUGAUUCUGCGCCUCAAGGGGAAUUUCUUGUGGCCGGCGAUGUGGGCCUCAUAUGUGCCUCCUCCAGGUAAUAUCUUCUUUACCGAUGAUCCUGAAAAUCAGAAACUAGCGGAUGACUAUGGGGUUGUUGUCUCGACUAGUCAUCACGAGCCGAUGCAGCGCGCGACGAAUGAGUGGAAUUCGUCUGAGACUGGGGAGUGGGAUUGGAAUGAGAAUAAAGAGAAUGUUACGCGGUUUAUGGAAGAGGGUGUUCGCCGUGCUGGUCGGGCUGAGACGUAUUUCACGCUUGGAAUGCGUGGUGCGGGCGACAGUGCCAUCAGCGGUCCAGAUCCUAUCGAGGUUCUGGAAGAUGUGUUUGAGACGCAGAGGGGAAUACUGGCCGAGCAAUACGGAAAUGCCUCUGCUGCAAAGCAGGUGUGGACUAUCUACAAGGAGGUUGCAACGUACUACGCCCAAGGGCUCGAGCCACCUGAGGACGUGACGAUGAUGUUCACUGACGAUAACUGGGGCAAUGUCAUGCGGCUGCCGACUGCUGAAGAGGCUGCAAGGUCUGGUGGUAUUGGGCUCUACUACCAUUUCGAGUACGUUGGGACGCCGAAGAGUUACAAGUGGCACAACACGAACAAUCUUGCAAAAGUAUAUAAAGAGCUAUCGCAGGCCUUGCAACGGGGUGCAGACCGAAUCUGGGUCUUCAACGUGGCCGACAUCAAACCGAUGGAGUUACCAUUUGCCUUUGCCAUGGACCUUGCGUGGAAUGCAUCACGGUUUGAUUUUGACGUGGUUCCAGAGUAUCUCAGAGCCUUUGCUUCACGAGAGCUUGGACAGGAACAUGCCGAGGAGAUUGCUUCUAUUCUACUCCGCCAUAGUCAUCUCAUCGGCCGGCGGAAGUAUGAAGGGAUCACUUCUGCUACGUACUCGUUUUAUAACUAUCACGAAGUCGAACGCGUCCUUGCAGAUUGGGAGGAACUUGGGUCCCGAGUUAUGGACAUCCGUCAUUCUAUACCAGCAGAUGGUCAAGCUGCCUUCUUACAACUCGUUCAGUACCCCAUCCAAGCAGGUCUUUUCUACCACCGAAUAGUCCUCGGUCAAACCAUCAAUCAACAGUUCGCCAUCCAACGGCGCAACUCGGCAAAUACAAUCGCCCAGGAUGUCCUUGCAGCCUCCGAAGAGGACGCCGAUCUGAGAGAGGAGCUGCAUAGUAUACUUGACGGGAAGUGGAAUGGGAUGAUGGACCAGCCGAAGCUCGAAGAAUGGCAAUACGAGACCUGGCUAUAUCCAGCUCGGGACAUUAUCCAGAACCUAUCAUUUGUACAACGACGCCAGGACUUUGUCUAUGCUCUUGGGAACCUGGGUAUAUACGCAGAAGGGUCCGAGAGUGCCGCCAGACAGUCCUACGUAUGCGAGUCGUGCGAUCAAACCAGGCCAACUGUUGACUCGCGGGCGCCUACACUGCAAGCAGUGGACCCAUAUGGGCCCUUGAAUCGUACCGUGGACAUUUUCCAUCGCGGUGACUAUCGAAAGCCCAUCUCGUUCAAUGUCAGCGCUCCCUACACUUGGAUCAAUAUCAGUCCUGGUUCAGGAACUAUCACCGGGAAGCAUCCAGAGGUUCGCCUCAUCGUUUCAAUUGACUGGUCUAGCGUUCCUGAGGGUUUCAACGAGACCGUGCCUGUUGCGGUAUACUACGAUACACUUCCAAACUUUGACAAUCUGCAUGUUCCAAUCCUGAACAGACCUGCCUUGCCGGAGGACUUUUCCGGGUUCCCUGCAACAAACGGCUACAUCUCAAUUGAGGCAGCUCAUUUCCAGCGCGCCUCCAAAGACACUGUUUCCUUUGAGGUUCUUCCAAACCUUGGAACGCGAACCGAGUCUGGCGCUAUCGGGCUGAGACCGUAUAAAGCUGCGCGGGCGUCAAGCACCUCCGCAAAGGGGGCAUCGGUUGAAUAUAACAUCUACCUCUUUGACAGCACGGAGAGCCUGACUGCUACGAUAUAUCUCACUCAGAAUCUAGAUACAGAUCCAUCACUCCCGAUGCAGUACUCUCUCAGUAUCGACUCCAGUGAAGCAGACUUUACACGGCUGUUGCAGGAGCCAGAGACCGCUGGUGACUUGCCUGAUAUCUGGACAGACCAGGUGGAGGAUGGGGUGUGGACUGUGGAGGUGGAGUUGGGGCCUGUAUCUGCUGGUGCCCAUAAAUUAACAUGGCGAGUCAAUUCACCCGAGGUUUAUCUCGAGAAGGUUGUUUUGGAUACAGGAAAUGCCGUUAGAGAUAGCUAUUUGGGACCUCCGGAGACGAAACUGGUUUGAAGUCAAGCCCAAUAAGCUAUUUAGAUAACCAGCCUGACUUGAACUACAAAAUGGCACUAUUGAAAUACAC